AUGUCUGUUGUCCCUGAACGCAUCAGCGUCAAGCGCAGACGCUCUGACGAACCGGUCGACACCCUCUUUCUCGAACACGGCAGUGCCCCAGACAAGAAACGGAGGGUUACCGAUUUCUACUUCCAGCGCCUUCGAGACGAGAUCAUUGCUCCCGUCUCCCAGCGAGACAACAGUCCUCUCACCCCACAACGGUCCCAACCUUCGAUACCUGGUAUUCCUUCUGUUCGGUGGACUUCACCAGGCGAUGAGAAAAGAGACUAUGAACAUUUGAAGGCCAAACUCAAGGAGAAAGCGGACAACAAUGCUGCACCUGUCGGGGCAACCAACACUGCUGGUGAGGAGUCUCAGCCUGCGCCCGUCGCCGGCAGCCAUUCCGCCCCGACCACACCCAUACCGAGGGAAGGUCCGCAACAAGCCCGCCGAUUCCAUCUCACGCGCCAUCUAUCUUCAGCCUUGAGUCCGAAUUCCUCUGGUGGAAUCCGUAAGGUGAAGACUGCGAUCCGGCCUCCACUUGCCACAUUCGUCGAAAGACAUGGGGCUACAUUCAGCCACGAGCAAAGCCCUCUCCACAAAGUAACUCCUCUUGACAAUGUGUUGGAUGUUCCGAAUGAUGGUAAAAGUGAACUCACGACAUCAGAUGCGCGGCUGCUGGGCAUUGAGGCUCUGGAAGCGUCCAAGAGGACACCUAUAAACACAUUUCUCCAAGCAAGCAAGCAAGCGGUGCGGAAGGGGACUUCGAUCAGAGACCACCCCAGUACUUGGGACCAUGAUUCGGACCAGCUCGCAGACGAACUUGCCGCGUUGGCAAUGGAGCUUGACCCCGACGUCAAGGGAAAGGCCGAAGACGCUGGGGCACCAUCGAGACCGGUUCCAGAGCCCGAAGAUACAAAAAUGAUUUCUUCAGACCAUGAGGAGAACUACGUAUACGAAACGUAUAUCCGUGUCCGUCACGAUGAUGAGACGCCUGAUCCUAUAAGCAUGAUCGAAUCAAACAACGUGGGUGUGUUGGUCAUCGAAGACGAAGACGAAGACCUCUGGCAAAAAUAUGCUGGCAGUGACGACGACACUGACUGGGACGAGGAAGAUUCGAAUGCCGAGGAAAACCCUGCCAAUGAUUACCCAGAGGAUGAGGUCAGUUCCGACGACGAAUAUGGCUAUAAUGCAUACAGUUACCGCCAGUAUGGAUCCGAGGACGAGACUUUUGGAGGUGACGGUGAUGACAUCGAUGAGACCGAUAACAAGUGGUGA